UCUAGCUCUCGUCCGACAACUCCCGACGCAGUCUGUCUCCAUUCGUUGGCGCGUUGCAUGCCGAGACGUCGUCUUUAACAAACCAGCUAGUGGAAAAAAAAAGUUUUUAUCAAGUCGGUGCUGUUUGCUGCGUGAUAACUCGAUCCAGUUCUUCCCUUUUUUUCCCCCCGCGCUCUCUCUACUACGUCAGUUGAUUAUUCUUCAUCGACUUUUGGACUUUUUGAGAAGUCGAGUUUUUUCACGUCGACGGCGGUCCCGCUUGUCGGAAACUUUGACUAUUCACGAACAGCGUAAUUCAAACAACACACAACAUGGCCGACAUCGAAACCUGUUCCCGGGAAGGCGUCUCCCUCGAUCAGAGUAGAGAGAGUCGUCCAUCGCCGACACCCCAAGAAGGGGAUCACGAUAGUGGCGUUGACGAGAGCACCCAAGCCAAGGAACCAGGCAGUCUGAACAGCACAUUACAGAAAACCAAUUCCAGAACAUCGGUGACUAGCAGUCUGAGCAAGAUUCCCACUAGAUCGGCUGAAUCCCCACCAACUCCAUCCAAAAUGGCGCAGAAAGUACCGAUGAACAAAGUGCAGGUGGGUUUUGCUCCUUCUCCAAACCUGAAGACUGUGCACUCCAAAAUCGGUUCUUUGGCCAACGCCAACUACAAGCCAGGUGGUGGCCAUGUCAAAAUCGAAUCAAAGAAGAUUCAGAUUGAAGCCAAACCACGCAUCGGGGCUCGUAACGAAAACUACACACCUUCAGGUGGUGAUGUCAAGAUCCAAUCCGUAAAGUUGCAAUGGAACGCCAGACCUAAAAUUGGCUCGUUGGAAAACGCUACGCACAAGCCGGGCGGUGGCAAUGUCAAAAUCGAGAGCAAGAAAGUUCAGGUCGAAGCUAAAUCGAGAAUCGGAUCGUUGCAGAAUGCCAACCACAAGCCAGGGGGUGGUGACAAGAAGAUUGAGUCUCGGAAACUCGAGUACAAUGCCAAAUCCAAGGUGGGAUCCAUCCUGAACAUGAAACACGUUCCUGGAGGAGGAAACGUCAAGAUUUUUGACGACAAGGAAUAUUUAAAACAACGUGGUGAUAGCCGAUUGAGCAAAGCAUCGUCCUCCAAAGCCAGCUCAGAAGGACGAGCAUCCAUUACACAGAGUCCCGAGCCAUCGUUCUUACAGCCGUCGGAUAAUUCCCAACACGAGCACCUGAAUCAGUGAAUGCCGCACGCCUCGUUAUUGCGCAAUCCUCCAAAAUCUUGCAUCACCGUCACGCCACAUUUUACACUCAAAAACCAUCAAAAAGAAUUAAAAAAAAAAAAGACAAGUUUGCAUUGACAUAUAAUUGAUAAGACACGUUCACACUCCCCAAACACCUCUUUUUUUUCAUUAGCCCCCCCAUCUCCCACCUUUCCUCCUCCUGGAAAAUAGGACUAAGUCAAUUUUGAUAAACAAAUGAAAAUUUUUUUUUUUUCAAAUACGCAAUCACGCAAGAUCCUCCAUUCUAAAUAUUAAACCCAUACCCGUUCAACCGGAUUGUGAGCUUCCAUUCGAAAAAAGAAUUUGAAAAAAAAAGUUAAAAAAUUGAAACACUUCCACAUCCGUCUCCCAUUUUAAAGCCGUUGUUCAAUUCUCUUUUCUCUAUAUUUCUUCCUCUCCAAGAUAUGAUGGAUUAUCGUAUUACAUACAGUAUUUGAUGUUGACUACA